AUGGCACAAUCUACUACCACGGAAGCGGAUCAUGGCGACCACUUUCCUCAUAAAUCGCUCCAGACAGUCAGCGGGACUAUCACUGCAUGGCUACCACUCUCAACACCUUUCAUAAGAGACGCGUCAUGUUCAACAGCGAUAGCUAAAUUAGGAGGCAACCUUUAUGCGCUCGACUUCUACAACAACAAUCGCACAGGUCUGUGUCUGCCAGACGAAAUCGUCGGCCCAUGGGAGGCACAAAUAUCACACUCUCCGACGAGAACAUUGGUUGGUCCGACCUUUGUGUGCCCAGAGGCAUACAGCGCAGUCCAAACUAUUGUUAUCAGCCAUUCAACAUCACAAACGCUGUGUUGCCCAUCAUCUUACCAACUUUCGGUUGCCGCGUCUACCGCAGGAGUACCAAUGCAAUGCGUGUCGAAACUCACAGCCGGGGACAAGCUCAGAUACAUAGAUCCCAGUGUCACUGACAUGUAUUUAACAACAACCAUAGGCAGCCAACUUGCGUCCGGUGAAGUAGAUUUUGUUUUUGGGUGGCACGCGAAUGGAUACAACAUAAUUACUUCCACCUCCUCCACCCUCUCUUCUAUCACCACGUCGAAAACCCUAGACAUGACAUCAACACGUACGACUGUUUCUGUUACCGGCUCACCUACCAACACUUUAGCUGGGGAAAACACAACUAAAUCACCUUCACUACAUCCUGCUAGUAUUGCUGGCUUAGCAGUCGGGGUGCUAAUAAUAUUUAUGGCAGUUGCAGCUUUUGGAUGUAUCUGGCGCUACCGAAGACGUAAGCGGAUGUUAGAAUUGGUACCAGACCAGAACCAGAGCCCAUCUGUGAUGCAUGAAGAGAUAACGAGCCCAAAUCCUGCCGUCAAGAGCGCUUGGUCUGGAUUGACCGACCCACCGGUCUCGUCAAAAUCGAAAUCUGAUGAUAAUCUCACCUUCGAGCUCACCGGGAGACCCAUAAAACUCAAAAGAACUAGCGGUUUAAAGCGAGAUAGAGUGCAUGGAAUUGAACUGGUCGCUCGGAAUUGA